CAUGGUGUGAUAGGGGGGAAAACACAAUCGUAUGUCCCUCCCCAUUUUUAUCUUCUCUUGGCUCAAGGCCAGCACAAGGAAUUAAAGCAAAAGGGGGGACAGACAGACUGAGGAGGGCGAGGAGGAAGAAGAGGAGAAAAGCCCAAUUAAAGGCAGCUGCAGCAAGGCUGGCCUUGGUGGUGGUGGUGGUAAUCUAGAUUUCCUUUCUAUCUUUAGGAGGAGAGGUAGCCGCUUUGGAUUUGCGCAUUUGCAUUGCUCGUGCCUUGUGGAGAGGAGGCAGAGGAGACAGGGCGGGAGGAGGAGGAGGAGGAGGAGGAAGAAGGUGGGGGGCGCCAAAGCAGAGGAGCCCUCCCCUGUUUCUUGCUCCUCCCCCUGGUUGGUUCUUGCUCCUCCCCUCGCUUCUUUGUUUCUUUCUUGGUCGACGGCACGGAGCCAUGGGGUGCGCCGUGUCCAAGGGGGCGUCGCUAGGGUCACCGGGGUACGAGGUGUCGUCGGCGUCGGGGUACGAGGUGGUGCCCGGGAGCGCGUCGGCGUCGGCGUCGGCGUCGAUAUGGAGCAGGCCUGUGCGGCGGGAGGCGCUUGAUCUUGGCGGGGAUGGGGAGGAUGACGAGGGCAAGGGCGCGCGCGGCAACGUCGUCGGUGGCACGGCUCGGCUGGGGAACCUGCACCGCUACAUCGAGUGCGAGCAGGUGGCGGCCGGGUGGCCGGCGUGGCUCAGCGCCGUGGCCGCCGAGGCCGUGCAGGGCUGGGUCCCCCUCAAGGCCGAGAACUUCGAGAAGCUCGAGAAGAUCGGGCAGGGCACGUACAGCAGCGUGUUCCGCGCGCGGAGCCUUGAGACGGGCCGCCUGGUGGCGCUCAAGAAGGUGCGGUUCGACAGCGUGGAGCCGGAGAGCGUGCGCUUCAUGGCGCGGGAGAUCAUCGUCCUCCGCCGCCUGCAGGGCCACCCCAACGUGAUCGGCCUCCAUGGCCUCAUCACCUCCCGCUCCUCCGCCUGCAUCUACCUCGUCUUCGAGUACAUGGAGCACGACCUCGCCGGGCUCGCCUCCUCCCCCGACCUCUCCUUCUCCGAGCCCCAGAUCAAGUGCUACAUGCGGCAGCUGCUGGCGGGGCUGGAGCACUGCCACGCGCGCGGGGUGAUGCACCGGGACAUCAAGUGCGCCAACCUGCUGGUGAGCAGCGACGGCGUGCUCAAGGUCGCCGACUUCGGCCUCGCCAACGUAUUCUCCAACUCGCCCACGCAGCAGCCGCUCACCAGCCGCGUCGUCACGCUCUGGUACCGCCCGCCGGAGCUCCUCCUGGGCGCCACCGCCUACGACCCCUCCGUCGACCUCUGGAGCGCCGGCUGCGUCUUCGCCGAGCUGCACGCGCGCCGCCCCGUCCUCCAGGGCCGCACCGAGGUCGAGCAGAUCCACAAGAUCUUCAAGCUCUGCGGCUCGCCGCCCGACGCCUACUGGAACCGCGCCGGCAUGUCGUCCAACGCCUCCGUCUUCCGCUCGCAGGCCCCCUACGAGAGCCGCCUCGCGGAGACCUUCGGCUCCGCCAUGCCCGACGCCGCCUUCCGCCUCCUCGGCGCCCUCCUCUCCGUCGAGCCCGCAGAACGCGGCACAGCCUCCACCGCCCUCGCCUCCGACUACUUCUCCACGGAACCGUACGCAUGCGAGCCGUCAAGCCUGCCCAAGUGCGCGCCAAACAAGGAGAUGGACGCCAAGUUCCGGGAAGAGUCCAGGAGGAGGAACAACGCGCCGCCGACGGCGAAGCGGCUGUCAAGGGCGCACAAGAGCAUGCAGGACACCAGCCAGAGGCAUCACAGCCACGUCCACGCCGAAGAGUCGCUCCCCCUGGAAGUCGACGGCGGCCUGCGGCCCGAGCCGGCGACCGUUAGCGAGCGCCACGACAACGAUGCCCCGCAGCCGGAGCCGCCGUGCACUAGGCAGACGCCCUGCAGCUGCCAGGAGGAGGAGGACGCGCCGGCGCCGACGCGGCUCCCCGACCACCUCGCUCUCUCCGGCGGCCCCGUGCAGCUCGCCGCGUCCACCGGCUUCGCCUGGGCCAAGAAGCCCAGAGUGCCGGACGCGGCGACGACCAAGAGGAGCGCUCCCAGGGGACCAAGAAGUACCAACACCGACGGAGGCGACGCCGCAAGCGCAAGAACGACGGCCAGCGCCACCACAGGUCCAUACGAGGCGGAGAAGCAGGAGAUGAUCAAGCAGUGGGCGCAGGUCGCAGAGGCGUUCACCUCAUCCGAAGCCUACAACAGCAGGUCCACCAGGGAGCCAUUGGACGCCAAGCAGCUCAAGACCAGCAAGAAGCACAAGGGGAAGAUGAAGAGGGUGGACUACUCAGGGCCGUUGCUCUCGGAGCCGCGGCGCGUCGACGAGCUCCUGCAGAGCCACGAGCAGCGGAUCCGGCGAGCCGGCCGCCGCCGGUCGUGGUUCCACAAAGGAAACAAGAGGGAGCAGCAGCACUGAGACUGAGACUGAGACCGAGGGAGAGGCACACACGCCAUGAUCACACAUGCUAGACCCCGUAUAGAAGGCUCGAAUUUUUUUCACCCUUGACUCUUGCGGCAAUUGAACUGUUUGCUGAGAAAUUCCUACGUUUCAAACGGAAUGGUUACCAUGCAUUCAGUUCAGGCUUCUGUAUAGCAAGAUUGUAUAGAGCUGCAGAUCACAAUAACGCAUCUAUGCACUGUAGCGUCCACCUGUUGUCACCUCCCAUCUCCUGCCUUCUUCCAUUCCAUCGCUAGGCUAGCUCAGCCGGUUGUGCCUUGCUAGUGCCCUUUUUAUUUUUUUCAUGAAACGAUAGAAAACACGCCCUGCUGAUGCCUGGGAAUUGAGGCAAAUGCUGCACUGGUUUGUGCUUUGCUCACUUCA